AUGCUACAAUCAGCUGGAAUACUUCUUCUAACAUUCCUAUCCUGGUCGACUGCUGAAGUGGCUAAGAAUGGCAGUGGCAGGUGUUCCCCUCGUGGAAAAGCAGCGAGGGUCGAGGAAGUGCCAUGGAUAGCUUCGAUUCAGUCUAAUAAUACGCAAUUGUGCAGCGGGGCAAUCAUCAAUCCAAAAUUCGUACUAAUCACCGCGAAUUGCCUGACAAACGUCAACAUAACUACUGUCAAGGUGCUCGUUGGCAAUCCCGAUCGAGACUCGGGAUCUUCUUUUGGCGAUGACAAUCUUUCCUUGCUGAAACUCUGUGAACCUCUUACCACCUCUGCCAAGGUCAAGGCCAUCGAUAUAAUCGACAAGCAGCCCGAGGAGGGAGCCAGGGGCUCAGUCGCCGGAUGGGGUUCCCUCACCAAGGGGCGAUUUAAGUCAAAAGACUGCUGGGCCAAGCAUUCAAAGGUCCUGCGAAAAACUGAUGUCCAGCUCUUAGAUAUCAAGGAAUGCGCCACUCGACGAAAAAAGUCUUUUAGCAAGCUGAGCCUUUCGGAUGCUAACAUUUGCAGUGAAAAGCGGGAUUUCAGUUGCUCCUAUGAUGCGGGAUCUCCUCUGGUCAUAGAUGGCAAGCUUGCGGGUAUAAUAACCGCCGGCACUUGUUUGAGGAAGCCCGAAAUCUAUGCCAGUUUGUACAAUUACAGGAAAUGGAUAGAAACCAGUACAAAGGACAAGUAA